AACUUUUAAGUACUCUUUACGAAAAUAUUUUAUUAUUUGGAAUACGGUUUUGGUAUUUUGAGAGCAUGCUAAUUAAUAUAUGUUAAUAUAAGAAAUUUUUGUAUAAAAGGAAUAGUCGCAAUCGAAUCCGUAUCAGUUACAAUUAUGUCUCCUUUAGUGUUGUUGUCCAUUCUCCUUGUUGGAGCCUUUGCUGCUCCCAAAGAUGUUCCCAGUGUUCGAAUCGCAGGAGGUGACGAAGCCGAACCGGGCCAGUUCCCUUACCAGGCCUCAGUCCAGUUGUGCAUCCAGGAUAUCUGUACGCAUGCCUGCGGUGGCGCCAUCAUCAGCGAACUAGCGGUCCUGACAGCUGCUCACUGUAUCACCCAAGCUCCAGAUAUUGCCAGAUACGAGAUUUUAGUCGGCGUCGUCGACCUCCACGAUGACAACCCGGAGAGACAUGUGGCCCGCGUCGACUACGCGAUCAUCCACAGCGGAUACACAGGUGAAACCGCCUCCCCCCACGAUAUCGCGAUCUUUAAGCUGUCUGAUCCGCUCAUGUUCAACCACAUGGUACAACCGAUAGAGCUCCCCGACCCAGACCACGAAAUCAUAGAGCGCAACGGAUUUUUGUCAGGAUGGGGAUCCCUCACUGGAACUGAUGUACCCAUCAUGCCCGAUACACUCCAAUUUAUCGAGGUACCCAUCCUUGAACAUGAGGAAUGCAGACACGCCUUUGAAGAAAUAUUAGGAGGAGGUAGAGAAAUUCCCCUGGACUUCGAAGCCAAUAUUUGUACGGGACCACUGACUGGAGGAAUCUCAAUUUGCGCUGGAGAUUCUGGCACUCCACUGGCUGAUGCCCAUGGAGAAAUAUUGAUCGGUAUCGCGUCUUGGACAGCCAAUCCAUGUGCUAGACCAGGAGCACCAUCUGUCUACAACAAGGUUAGCUUCUACGCUGACUGGAUUAGAAGUUAUUCCUUUGAUGAUGAGGAUUAAGCAUGUUCGCUUCAAUUAUUUUCUGUUUAAUUUGCGAAAUAAAACACUAGUUCGCUA